UGCUUAUAGUAUUAUUCAAAUACGGGUUUUCGAUAUAAAUUUAUAAUAAAAUAUUGUUAAAACAAUGGAACCAUAUGAUAUGAUUGUUAAUCAGCCAGUUGUAAUAGAUAAUGGAUCUGGAGUUAUAAAAGCAGGCUUUGCCGGAGAUCAAAUACCAAAAUGCAGAUUUCCAAAUUAUAUUGGAAGACCAAAACAUACUAGAGUUAUGGCCGGGGCAUUAGAAGGUGAUUUAUUUGUUGGCCCGGUAGCUGAAGAACAUCGCGGUCUAUUAACACUUCGUUACCCAAUGGAGCAUGGUAUAGUUAAUGAUUGGAAUGAUAUGGAGCGAAUAUGGUCUUACGUAUACAGUAAAGAUCAAUUAUCAACCUUUAGUGAGGAACAUCCAGUACUACUGACAGAAGCUCCGUUAAACCCUUGCAAAAAUCGAGAAAAAUCAGCCGAACUGUUUUUUGAGUCUUUUAAUGUUCCAGCUUUAUUUGUUUCCGUACAAGCUGUAUUAAGCUUAUAUGCAACAGGAAGAACUACUGGAGUAGUUUUGGAUGCUGGAGAUGGUGUUACACACGCCGUUCCAAUUUAUGAGGGAUUUGCAAUGCCUCAUAGUAUAAUUAGAAUAGACGUUGCGGGUCGUGAUGUCACAAAAUAUCUUAAGCUUCUAUUAAAAAAAGAAGGAAUAAAUUUAAGUACUACUGCUGAAUUUGAAAUUAUUAGAAUUAUAAAAGAACGUGCUUGUUAUUUAGCGAGUAAUCCACAAAAAGAAGAAACUGUUGAUACAGAAAAAUUUAUAUUUCCUUUACCAGAUGGAAGCCAUGUAGAGAUUGGACCAGCAAGAUUUCGAGCACCUGAAGUAUUAUUCCGCCCUGAUUUAAUAGGAGAAGAAUAUGAAGGACUUCAUGAAGUGCUUAUGUACUCUAUUCAAAAAUCAGAUUUGGAUCUGAGGAAAAUUCUUUAUCAAAAUAUUGUUCUUUCUGGUGGUUCUACAUUAUUUCGGGGAUUUGGUGAUAGACUAUUAUCUGAAAUACGUAAAAUGGCACCAAAAGAUGUUAAAAUACGGAUAUCUGCACCGCAAGAACGCUUAUACAGUACGUGGAUAGGUGGGUCUAUAUUAGCGUCAUUGGACACUUUUAAAAAAAUGUGGAUUAGUAAACGUGAAUAUGAUGAAGAAGGACGCCGAGCAAUACAUCGCAAAACUUUUUAAAUAUAAUUUAAU